GGAGGAGGCAGCUGUACUUAUGGCAGGAGGCGCCGAGAGCCGCAGCAGACAGAGACCGGCCCACUCCGCUAAAAUCAUUCAACUGGUGAGCGAGAGAGCGCACUCCAGUCUGACGGAGCGAGAGAGGGAGGGAGCAGAGUUUUUCCCUGGUUGGCAGGUGAACCGAGAGCUGAGCUCAACUUUCAGCUCCAAACUUCUGAGCGAAGAGACAAAGAACCCAGGAACUCUUUCCUCUGGACUCAAUUUUAUUCGACUUCUGGACUUUUUGGACUCUGUCCGUCCCUCCGGUUGGUGGCAACAUGUCUGUGUUACCGUUCCUCGGCUGGGUCCUUCUGGUUCUGGUUCUGGUCCAGGGCGGUGGAGCGGACCUGCCCUCCGGGCCGCUGUCCCUGACGCUCCAGUCGCCGCCGGACGCCGCCGGCGCCCACUGCCCGUCCUGCGCCCUGGCCCGGAUGAGGCGCGGCGACGGGCCGGACGGCGACUCGCCGGCGUACGCGGAGGAGAAGGCGGCGCAGCAGGACGUGGUGGAGGCGGUGAAGAGGCACAUCCUCAACAUGCUCCACCUGCAGGCCCGGCCCAACAUCACCCGGCCCGUGCCGCGCGCCGCACUCCUCAACGCCCUGCGCAAGCUACACGUGGGGCGAGUGGCCGAGGACGGCAGCGUGCAGAUCGAGGGAGAGGAGGAGGCGCGAGGAAGAGGAGGCAAGGGGGGAGGAGCGGCGGCGGCCGGAGCGCGGGCGGGAGACGGCGGCGACGCGCCGGAGACGACGGAGAUCAUCACCUUCGCCGAGGCUGGUGAGUCCCAGGGCGUGGUGGACUUCGUCCUGUCCAAGGAUGGAGGCGACAUGUCCCUGGUGGAGCAGGCCAACGUCUGGCUCUUCCUCCGCUUGGCCAAAACCAACCGCAGCCGAGCCAAAGUCACCAUCCGCCUGUUCCAGCAGCGCGGACGCGCCGCCACGCCGCAGGACGAGGUCCUGCUGGCCGAGAAGACGGUGGACACGCGGCGCAGCGGCUGGCACACCUUCCCGGUGUCCGCGGCGGUGCAGGCGCUGCUGGAGAGCCGGCGGAGCAGCGCGCUGAGCCUGCGGGUUUCCUGCCCGCUGUGCGGCGACUCCGGCGCCACGCUCGUCCUGGUCUCCGGCGGCAACCAGAGGGAGCAGUCCCACCGGCCCUUCCUCAUGGCCGUGGUGCGGCAGGGCGACGGAGGCGACGCUCGGCGGCGCAGGAAGCGCGGCCUGGAGUGCGACGGGAAGGUGAGGGUCUGCUGCAAGAGGCAGUUCUACGUCAACUUCAAGGACAUCGGCUGGAGCGACUGGAUCAUCGCGCCGUCCGGUUACCACGCCAACUACUGCGAGGGCGAGUGCCCGUCCCACGUGGCGAGCAUCGCGGGCUCCACGCUGUCCUUCCACUCCACCGUCAUCAGCCACUACCGCAUGCGGGGCUACACCCCCUUCCAGAACCUGCGGUCGUGCUGCGUGCCCACCCGGCUACGCGCCAUGUCCAUGCUCUACUACAACGAGGAGCAGAAGAUCAUCAAGAAGGACAUCAAGGACAUGAUCGUGGAGGAGUGCGGCUGCUCGUAAACGCUCGGACCCGAACGGGACGGACCGAACUGGACCGGAGGGGACGGAGGAGGCGGCAGCGCCGUCGCUCUCUGGGAUGGAAACUCGUCUCCAGACUCGCCGAGUCAAACUCAGCCAGAGUCUCGAUGGCACUUUCUGAAAAACCAGGAAAAAAGACAAAAAAUGAAUAUCUAAUAUAUUUUUGUUACAAACGGAGGGAGCGAGGCGUAUUUAUGUGGCGUUCAGGAACCGCUGCAGCAGUGGGACUUCAGAGAGACGAGGCCUGAAAAACUGAAAGAUCUCAAACUAUGCAACUUGUUUCCUGUCCUGCAUCUGUUUCUACCUGCAGGAGGAGCGGAGACACCGUUACCAUGUCCAAGUGUACGAGUGGAGAGUGUGUGUGUGUGUGUGUGUGAGACAGAGAGGAUGUGUGUGUGUGUGUGUGUGUGUGUGUGUGU